AGCAGCAAUCAGAGCCGGACGGCGGUCCGUCCCUUGGAUUGGUCCUCCAUAGCGAACGGAGCCAUGUGGGCUCGUGGUGCGUUAAACCUCCUCGGGAACCGGGCGGGAGGCGCUUUAUUUCGUUCUCAGUUAAUCUGGAAUGGACAACUUCGUGCGAACCACUGGCAGUCUUCCCUCUUGGAACUGAGAACAGCCCUGCCCAUGAGAGCUGAGCCCCCGAGGAAGAAGAAAAGGGUAGAUCCGAAGCAGGACUUCGCUCAAAGAGAACGGCUGAAAAAGAAAAUUAGAAAAUUGGAAAGAGCAGCUCAAGAGUUGGUGCCCAUUGAAGACUUCAUCAUCCCAUUCAAAUUCAUGGAUGAAAAAAGGGUCCGAGAGGCUGCCCCGCUGUCCCUCGACGAAAGGGAAAAACGAGCUAAGCUUUUGAAGCAGUGGGCUGCCUAUAAGCAACGACAGGACAAGGCCGAGAUGGACACCAUGAAAACACUGAUCGCCGCUCAAGAACAGGCUUUGAGGGAAUUGCGCCUGGAGUCGGAAGAGCUGUACCAGGCAGCCAUUCUGCGGGAUGAUUGCUUGUUUCCUUUCGACAGGCCAGAGCCUCUGCAUACACCCCCUCAGGCUACCUACGAAGCCCCCGAAGGGAAAUGCAACGAUCUCACUAGAACAUACACGUACUGAUUUGGGUUGUGGGAAGAGCAACACCGCCAGCAAGCAUGUAAACGUGCUAAAUUAUGUUCUGCCUGACUUUUUCUUAGAUUUCAAGCACUCGCCCGAUGUAGAGGUUAUACAAAGGUUAUGUACAGACAUCCACAGCAAACUGCCAUGUCUUAGUAAUCGAUUACCUUAACAUCUGUGACCUCACCUAAUUAUUAGAGCCAGGUGCUACCAGGAAAUGUUGUGUUAUGUGAAGCUUCUACUUUGGCUGGGAUGGUCUUGGAGAUUGACAAGGAGAAUAAGCCAAUAAGAUGCUGUUGAAUAAACUAUACUUGCCAAUAUUUUUGCCUGACA